AUGAAUUAAUAAGAAAAUGCGUAGAAAAAUGUUUCAACUAAAUCGAAAGAAUAUAAGGAAGAGUGUAGAUAACUUUUAGAACGAAUUGUGGCUCUAUAACUUAAAGUAUUUAAAGCUCCAGACCUAUAUGUAAAGGAAGUCUUAAAUGUUGUUGAAUUAUACAAACAAGUAAAUUCUACAUCUAUUAAUUAAGUAAUUUGAGUUAGUUAAAUAAAAUCCUGGUUAAAGUAAUGGUAAAUUCAGUAUUAUUGCUUAAUUUUUAUCAAAAGUGGCUAUUUACUAUAAGACAGAUUUAAAAUUUUAUAUUGAAGAUCUAAUGGAAUUAAUAAAUCAUUUCUAAAACACUUUAAAUCAAGGUUUAAGAAAGAGGAUCAUCUUUUGUUUAUUGAGAUUAAGAGGAAAAAAUUUAAUUGAACCUUAUCGUAUGAUUGUUUUUUUGAUGAAAUUAUUUAAUUGUUAGGAUAAGGAUUUAAGAAGAAUUAUUUUUAGAUUCAUUAUUAAAGAUAUAAAAUAAUUUAAUAAGAAACAUAGAAAUGAAACAUUAAAUAAAUAAAUUCAAGUAUUCCUUUUAUAUAUGAUUAGAAUUUUAUAAUUGAUUUAAUUAAAAAAUCAUAGGAAAAUAUAGCAAAAAGAGCAUUACAAAUUAUGAUUGAAUUAUAUAAAAAAAAUAUUUGGAAAGAUAAUAAAUGUGUAAAUAUUAUUGCUUAAGGGUGUUUUAAUCAAAAUUAUAAAAUUAAAUUAUUAGCUUGUUAUUUUUUAAUAGAGACAACAGAAAAUCAUGUUGAAAUAGAAUCCUCAGAGGAUGAAGCAGAUAAAUAUAUUUAAAAAAAAGGAAAAAAUAAAUGUGUUAAGCCUACUAAAGCAAGAGAACAUAGAGUAGAAAGAGAAAAGAAGAUGGCAGAUAAAAAAUAAAGGAAAAAAUUAUAGAAACUUAAGAGUAGUGGAGGAUUCUUUGCUUUAGAUUAAAUAUAUUCUCCUUAAGAUUUUGCAGAAAGAUUAUUUGAUAAUUUAAAGAAACAUGAGAAUGAAAGAUUUUCAGUUAAAUUAGCAAUGAUGCAUCUCAUAUCAAGAUUAAUUCAUAGACAUAAAUUACUUAUAAUUCCAUUUUAUACUUAUAUUUAAAAACAUUUAUAUCCAAAUAGUAAGGAUAUAGCAAAGUUAUUUGCUUAUUUAGCAGAAUCUAUACAUGAUUAAAUUCCAAAAGAAGAUUUAUAACCAACAAUUAGACAUUUAAUUGAUUAAUUUAUAAAUGAUAGAUGUUAAGAAUUGACUUUAACAAUGGGUUUAAGAGGAAUAUAUGAAAUAUUAUAAAAACACCCUAAGAUAUUAGAUAAAGAUAAUAUAACUUAUUUAAUUCAUUAUAUAAAAUAUAAAAAUAGAAAUGUAAGUUAAGCAGCAAGAUCAAUAUUGAAUCAUUUUAAAGAUACAAAUCCUUAGUUAUUGGAUAAGAGAUUAAGAGGUAAUAAAUGGAAAAGUACAGAAGAAUUGGAUGGAGAAUUUGAUGAUAAUUUUAUAUAAUAAAUAACAAUAGGUAUAGAUGGAGCUGAAUUAUUGUAAUAAGAAGAAGAAGAAAAAUUGAAUAAGAAAUUUGAUGUCCCUAUUUUUUGUGAUAGAAUUUUAACAGAUGAAGAUUUUAAAAGAAUAAGAGCAUUAAAGAGAAAGAGAGAAGCUGAAAUUGAAUAAAAUAAAUUAUAAGAAAAAUAACAAAAAACUGAAAACAUAGAAGAAGAAGAAGAGGAUGAUUAAAAUGAAUAUGAAGAUGAAGAUAUUGAUGAAGAUGAAGAUGAUAUUUCAGAAAUAAGUGAAGAUAGUGUAGAAUCAUAAGAUAAUGAAGAUGAAGAAUGGGAAGAUGAAGAUGUUGAAGAUGAUAAUGAUAAUGAUGAUAAUUUGGAAUAUGAAGAUGAUGAUGAUGAUAAUAUUAAACCUGAUAGUAAAAUUACUAAAGAAUAAAAUAAAUUAAGAAGAUAAUCAUUAUCAGAGUUGGAUGAAGAUUCUGUUUAAGAGUAUUAUUCAGAAGAAAGUUAAAUAUCAGAUGAAAAUCCACAUGGUUAUGUAAGAGAAGAAGAUAUUAUGAGAUAUAGAAAGACGAAAUCUGAAUAAAAACAUGAAAAGUUAGAAGAAUUAAAAAAUGGAACUAAAGAAAAAUGGUAUUUCUAUUUUACAUAUAAAUAUAGGUAUUAAGGUCCAAAUAAAAAAAAAUCAGAAUUUGCAUCUACUUCAAACAAAGAGAAAUUAAAAAAUAAACCAUUAUAAAUGAUGAGAGCUAAAAAAGUAGAAUAAAAAAAUAAAGAAUCAAGAAUUAAAAGCAAAAUUAAAGAUUUAAAAAAUAAACUAGGACAUGUUAGAAGUGGAAAAUAAGCUUAAAGAUUAAAAAAGUAAAAAAUUAAAUGAUUCUAU